AUGAAGGCUCCCAAACCCACCGAGCUCGACGGGAGGACGGGUGAGGGCGGUGGUCAGCUUGUGAGGCUUGCAGUCACGCUCGCGUCUGUCACGUCGCAACCUAUCCGCAUCACCCACAUCAGAGCCAUCGACUGGCUAGCCAAAGCGACAGGUGCAGAGGUUGAGGGCCUUUCCAUCGGAAGUCAGACCUUGGAGUUCCGACCGAGUUGCGGCCCCAGCCAGCUCGUUGAGAGGAAAAUCAAGAUUGUGGCAGACUCACCUGCUGCAAGCGCACUACUCAUCUUCCAAGCUGUUUUUCCCCUUCUACUCUUUGCCGGAGAUGAGAAGAACCAGCCCAUCGACCUUGAGAUCUCAGGUGGCACCAAUGUCUCAUGGUCCCUAUCAUACGAGUACCUUGACCAAGUUCUCCUCCCUACACUCGAGGACCGCUUCGGCAUCAAGGUGGAGCGCCAGCUCAAGCAGCGAGGAUGGAGCUUGGGCUCUAUGUCCCGCGGGAACAUCCACUUCAGGAUCCAGCCACUCAAGAUCGGCGAGCAAUUACGACUGAAGGAGCCGUCAAGGACCGACCCGAACGCUAAGGACUUCGAGGUCAAGGCCAUCGACGUGUCGAUUGUCGUCCCUGCAGACAUGCACGAGCUCCUGACGCGUGCCCUCGCUAAGGAUCUGGAGAUGCUGUUCCCGGAUGCGGAGAUCAACUUCAAGGUGAUAGAUGACAGCAGAAACGACGCUCGGAUGUACGUGCUCCUCGUGGCGAGGUCCGAGACUCUACGGUGGGGCCGUGAUCUCCUGUACGCUGCGCAGCGAAAGGGAAAGAGUAAGAGCAUGCUGAGCGAUAGCAUCUCGCGGCAGGUGUGCAAGGAGCUGUACGAGGAGCUGAGUACCGGUGGCGUCGUUGAUGAGUUUCUUCAGGAUCAAUUAGUGGUUUUCCAAGCUUUGGCAGAUGGCAAGACAAGCUUUCCGAGAAGCGAGAUUCCAGAAGGCAGUCCUCAAACUUCCUCAGCAUCGAGCAUUGUUGCCGAGGUGGAAGAUGCUAUGGCGGAGUUGGGCCUCACAGAGAGGAAAGAGAGGCUGAGGAAGGAUAAGACACAUCAGCCAUUUGGAGAAGGCAGCGGGCACACCACCACUGCGAGAUGGGUGACGGCUGAACUGUUGCCCACAGUUAAGUGGUUCAACAAAGGCACAAUCUGUGAAGGUGUGGGCAUGAAGUUUGACAAGGCUUUGAAUUAA